GUUUUACAUAAAUUAGUUUUUUCGUAAGCGAAACGAACUCUACAAUCUACACGUUUAUAUAAAGAAUCUUGAUCCACCGGUCUUUCAUUAGUUCCUUAAUUUCAUCUCUGACAUCUGCUGACGAAUGAUUCGACACCGCUCUUGUGAAUCAGGUUCACAAGAAUGUUUGGAACAACUAGGUGCGUCAUAGUCACGGUCAUAGUACUACGAAAUAUUUAACUUAUGCAAUCAAUGGGAGUCAGGAUCUAUGGCCGGUGAUGUUUGUGUCUGAUAAAAAACGAUCACACUCACAUUUUCGAUUCAAACAGUUUUCGCAACCGAGAAACGAAAAAGAAAAAUGGAUAAGAACAUUGAUACGCGUUUCAAGGCUCUAGCGAGCUCUAGGCCAAUAGGUCGGCGUUAUACGCGAGUUCGCGGUUAUAUGAGCCGUAGGACUGAUGAACGAAGGCAAAGGUUGCGCAAGGCACGUAGGGUUGUCACACUUUUUCCCAUAGACGUUGUCCAAAGCUGGACAGUGAUAAAACGGACGUUCGAAAUCCUUCGUUAUGGGAAAAUACAAAAUCAAGGUUGGGAUAAUUGGUGGAUCAGGUCUAGACGAUCCAGCCGGUCAAAUAUUGCAGAAUCGCGUAGAAAUAUCACAGGAAAAUGCAAAAAAUGAAUUUGGACUCCCGUCGAGUGAUCUUUACCAGGGUCAAAUUGCUGGCGUAGAAGUCGUUCUACUUUCUCGGCAUGGGGUAGGUCACAAAAUUAAUCCUACCAAUGUGAACUACCGAGCUAACAUAGAAGCUCUGCGUUUAGCUGGUUGCACCCACAUAUUGGCCUCGACGGCUUGCGGAUCCCUCCAAGAGUCUAUCCACCCUGGCGAUCUUGUUAUACCGGAUAGUUUUAUCGAUAGGACAACCAAGAGGAAUGGCACGUUCUUUGACGGAACAUCUAAGGAAUACCCAGGAGUAUGUCACGUACCAAUGGAGCCAGCGUUUCAUCCCAAUGUCCGGAAGACAAUUGCCAAUGCAGCAAAGCUUUUGAAUAUUGAUAUAAGGGAUGGAGGAACUGUAGUCACAAUAGAAGGACCCAGAUUUUCGUCAAAAGCAGAGAGUCAAUCCUUCCGACAAUGGGGAGGUGAUCUUAUCAAUAUGACUGUAGUCCCAGAGGUGUGCUUGGCAAAGGAAGCAGGUAUUCUGUACGGAGCUAUCGCUUUGGCUACAGAUUAUGAUUGUUGGAAGGAUGCAGGAGACAGAGUAUGCGUGGCAGAUGUAAUGAGCGUAUUCAAGAAAAACGUUAUCAGAGUAACUCAGCUUCUUAUUGAGACUAUUAAGCUUAUGGCUGCAUCAUCAGAUCAAGAAAUGUGGGAUGAACAGAUCGAUGAACUCAAGAAUUUGGUGGUAUGUGGAAACGUCUCGUCAAAUAAAGCAGCCUAGGAUUCGAAGAGAUGUCAUGAACUUUAUACAGCUCAAAAAUUCAUUUUCUUUUCGAACCUUGUACAAUUUCAUGGCUAUGAAAUAAAAUGAUUAAAUGCCAAUCAACCUUUUGGGAUUUGUUUUCUUCUCAUCGUUAGAAUAUUGAUUUCGUAAAAUCUCUGUGAAUGCAAGGAAAAUACAGAUUCGUGCGAACUUAGGAGUAAUCUUAACCUGCUACGAAUAACAGGUACUUAACGGAACGUGAUAUUUAUUUAUAAUGUAUAAUAUAAUAUGGAUUGAACGACCAAUAAAUCGUUCAUUCAAAUAUAAUAUCUACAAAUUACAAUAUUUUGCCUCUGCUGUUUUCUUCAUCGAUUCCAACUUUGUUACAUUAUAUAAUUACAAUACAUUCACAGAAUUGUUAAGCGAGCUUUGUUUAUACAUACACUUUUUCACCCACUGCUAACAGAAUUGACCCAGAAAGAUGUGAUAAAAGUCUACCAUUGCAAGUAGCCUCUUAAUAAUUUUUUUUAUUCUUCAACAAUAUUAUUUGUACAAGCUAAAUAUCUGGUAUUUUAAAUCCGGUUCUAGAAACUUGGAAAGGAAGUUAAUUUUUCUCAGAAAGCAACAAGGUAUCAUUGAAACUGAGUCACAUCCCAGAAAGGAAAGUUCACAAGGUAGGUGAAUCGAAUUUUAAGUAGCGUUUCGCUCUAAAUUCAAGUGCUUAAUCAUCAUACAAAUGGGAAUUUCUGUCAAAUAAGACGUACACCCCAAAUGUACAAUAUUCACAAUAUUUCAAUAGUAAAAAUAUAAUAAAAUAGCAGGCAGAUGAGAUAAAACAUUAUCAACUUUCUUACAGCUAUUACCAGUGUUAAAAUUUCACAUUGUUUAUUUUUACCGUGCAAAGCAUUAUGCUUGGAAUGCGCAACGUUUCAAAUAUACGAAUAGUGGAUUGACCAAAUUCAUUUUGAAUCAUGAGUCUUCUAAUUUUGUACACAAUUUUUAAUCAUACAACAAACGUCGGGAGCUGCUUGACGUUGGUUGACAAUUAAAAAUGAUAUCAUCAAAAAUACAUUGAAGUAUUUCUUCAAAUUCAUAACAAUGCAAUGACGGCCAAGAGGGCAAACAUGCCUUCACUUGGAUUUGGCUUGGAUUGAACGAGUAUUAAGAAGUUGUUGGUGUAACUGCAUACAGAGAUAUGGAGCUAAACACGUGUUCCAUUGUCCAUCGUGAAUGCGACAGCAAAGCAGUUUUUACACUUAUCUAAUUACUUAUGCAAUGAGCCACUUCGAUUUUCAACUCUAAAUGACUACAGCGAAAGAAUGAUGAAGUAUUACCCUUCACCUCUGCUGGCAAACUAAGUCAAUGAUCGAAUAAAAUAUCAAGACAACUAUAAAAGCGAAUUGCAGUGAUAUAUGCAAAGUAUAAUAUAUAAACUAUAACCUUUCUCCUUUGUCUAGUAUAAUAUAUCCAUUUACAUGAUUAAAUUAUUUAGUCCUCGAUGUACAGCUAUCAUAAAAUUAAUAUUUUCACGACGAUGAACAGUGCAACGUGUUUUUACCUCAGUAUAUAUAUAACUUUUACACCACAAUAAUCCCAGGUUCAAUUUUAUUACUGUCCAUAAUCCAAGUCUGGAGGUGUAAACAAGAACGUUACCCAGUUUCGAUGUUGACUAAUCCGAUCGCUUAUUUCAGAAAAAUAAUAAUUGCCAGCUAAGUGGAGUUGUAGGAACAGUUCAAUUCAUUACAAUGAAACCUUUAUCCUCUGCCAUAGUCUAAAAUCUAAACAUCAAUAAUUUUGUGAAACCGUAAUGCGAAGAAGAAAAUUUCAUAUACAACUUGAAUAAAAUUAAAGAAAAGAAUGCGGUAAAUGAUUUUACGGUUCAAUUUUAAUUUAUCGCGUUGAUAUUAGACUAGACAUGAUUUCCUUGCUCUGUUAAUAUACUCCAUCAUUAAUAGACUCGCACUUUUCAAAAAUAAGCAAUCGUGUUAUAAUCGCCGAAAGGACGAGAAAAAACAGAAGUAAGAUGGCUCGUAGUUAUCAGCUAAAUCGUUUUACAUCUAUCUAAACAACUAAUGUAGGAAUUCUUCCAAAAAAAAAAAAAAAAAUUAUUUUGAACCCUUGGCCUGCGUUAAUUACCGUCUCGUUUAAUAAUACUAACUGGCUAGUUAAAGUUAGACGAUUAUACAAAGACACUGCGGAGCAUAUAGCGCUAAGCCAUAUUUUAAUAAAAGUUAUUGUCUAAAUAGCUCUAUGUAAUUUUCAAUUAAGAUGAAAAAGCCAGGUUUCAUACGCGAUUCGUUGGAUGAUUUCAAAUCCAUUCCGUAUGCGGAAACCUGGGUGUUUCAACCAAUGUUCUACAAUAAUACUCGAAAAUUAUUGAGCGUAUAACACUAAAAACUUGUCUCAGCAUUAUCUGGUCCGCGAUCCGUCAUUUUUUCUUUAUUCAAUAUAAUUAAUAAUUACUUAAAUAUUUCUUCUGUGCUAUUGCGACGAGAAACGGUGGAAUUUUCGGUAAAAUAAACGCGCAAAGAAAGCUACCGAAUAAACUUUAGACAAGGGCCUGGAUAAAGCUAACUUUUUUUUUCUGUUUUCAAUAUUCUGCACACAGUAUUUACAAAUAGACACGUUGCAUAUUGCGCCGAACUUUGUAACCAUUGAUACCGAAAAAUCUAGUGCCAAAAUGAUAUUCUAGUACUUAACUAAGUCUGCUGAUACUCAGAAAGCAGUUUAUAAGAUACGGAUAAUCUCUUGGCGGUUUCCCGCAAUGAAUUCUCCAGGAUGGAAUUUACACUUCAAUUGAUAAAACUACCAAACAUUAUCAAUCUUGGCAACGGUUUGACAUACAUAUAUAUACAGAGGAUACUUAAUUUUUCUGGUAUAAAUGGCAAAGUUCAGUUUUCUAACAACACGGACCUGUUGCCUGACGUACCUCGUGGGCAACGGACGUAUAACGGGA